GUGAGCAAUCAUGAAUGUCAGUGAUCCCGUCAUCAUGUCACAACGGGAUGUGAGUGAUUACAGUAUUCAAUUGAAUCGUUGGUUUCUAAAACUGGUGGGCGCUUGGCCAAGUUCAUCCUCGACUACAGUCAGAGAAAAGGUGAUUUCAACAAUAUUGAUAAUCAUCUGCUACUCGUUAAUAGCCUAUACGGUCAUACCUUGUAUUCUGAACAUCGUGUUCGAAGAGACCGAUGUGCAGAAAAAAUUAAAAGCUGCUGGUCCAUUAAGUCACUGGUGCAUGGGCGGCAUGAAUUAUUUCUCACUGCUGUUUCGCAGCCGCGAUAUACAUCGUUGCGUGGAGCACGUGAGGACCGAUUGGCGGAUGAUGACAGAAAUAGGAGACCGACAAAUGAUGCUGAAAUAUGCCAAAUUUGGUCGUUUUGUCGCUGGGUUAUGUGCAAUUUUCAUGCACGGUGGUGUGUUUUCGCACAACGUGAUGCAGGGCAUCAUACCGACAUUUGUAUAUAUCGGAAACGUGAGCGUGUCAGUGCAUAUAUUACCGUGUCCCACGUACAGCAAGUUCGUAGAUAUUACGAAGAGCCCAGUGGGCGAAAUUGCGUUUGCAGUGCAGCUCCUCUCGAGUAUCGUCGUCAAUUCCGUCACCGCCGGUGCCUGCAGUCUCGCAGCGGUGUUUGCGAUGCAUGCGUGUGGCCAGUUGAAUAUACUGAUGAGAUGGCUGGAUCAGCUCGAUCAUCGAAAGCAGCAAGAUAUGGUACAGCAUCGAUUGGCAAUCAUUGUGGAGCACCAUCUGAGAGUAUUAAGCUUCGUGACACAAAUGGAAGCACUUUUAAAUCAAAUAUGUUUUGUAGAAUUGCUAGGAUGUACGUUUAACUUAUGUAUGAUCGGAUAUUAUGUCAUUACGGUACGCUAAAGUAUUAAAAAGAUGAAUGUGUAAUUAAG